AUGUAUUUUCUCUACUGCCCCUACUUUCGCAUUUUACCAAGUACCUUUUGGCCUUGCGGCUGCACCAGGGACAAGCGUGGAUGCUGGAUUGAUUGGCUACGCAUGGUACCUAGGGCGAAGAAGCUAUUUCAACAGCGCGUACGGUGUAGACACCCAGCAGUCCGAGACUACCUUGAACAGAUGGAUCGUUUUCUAGAGCUACUCUGUCUUCCUGUUCAUCUUACAGACGACCAGCCGCAUCGUGGCCAGAGCUACCCUCCGUACGAUGGCGUAACAGCGGCCAAGUCGCGUUUAUUAAUCGCUACCACAAGGAACAGUCGUAGUAGCACAGACCCAAGGUAG